CGACCUGUCAUUAUUCUUCUACUUUCAUUUUGGAAAAAUGGAGUUUGGUGACGUGCAAGAAACCGGCGAAAAGAACUUUCCGAAGCAAGAUGAAACACCUAUUCAGUAUGGUACAGCAGGUUUUAGAACUAAGGGAAGCCGCUUGAAUCAUGUCAUCUAUAGAAUGGGCGUUUUAGCAGCGAUUAGGUCUGCUACUAAAAGUGGUGCCACCAUAGGCGUCAUGAUAACAGCCUCUCACAACCCGGAAGAAGAUAAUGGUGUCAAGUUGGUGGAUCCAAUGGGGGAGAUGUUGGGUCCAGAAUGGGAGAAGUAUGCUACAGAAGUUGCAAAUGUUCCUGGUAGUAAAUUGGAUGUAACUCUCCAGGAAUUGACUAAGAACCUAGGUGUUACAAGUCUACAGAGUAGCCGAGUUGUGUUUGCACGUGACACCAGGCCCAGCAGUCCCGUCCUGGCGGCAGCCCUAGAGGCAGGGAUUAAAGCAGCAGGAGCUCAGUGCCAAAACUUUGGAUUACUAACUACGCCUCAGUUGCAUUACAUAGUUCGGUGUAUCAAUACCAACGGACAAUAUGGAAAGCCAACUGAAGAGGGUUAUUUUGAAAAACUUAGUGAAGCAUUUAUAAAACUCAGGAAUAUCAGAAAAGUAAAAAAGAUGAAGACUUUAGAAGUAUACAAUACAUGUCUGUACCUUGAUGCCGCUAAUGGGGUCGGAGCUGGAAAGAUCCCAAUUCUUCAGUCCAAGUUAGGAGACCUGUUAAAGAUCAGUCUGGUGAAUGAUGGGAGUGGAAAGCUAAAUCAUGAAUGUGGAGCAGACUUUGUGAAAGUCCAACAGAAACCCCCCACAGGAGUAAACAUGGCCCCUGGCCAGAGAUGGGCUUCAUUUGAUGGUGAUGCUGACAGAAUAGUUUAUUACUUUAUGGGUGUGACAGAUAAACAAUUUUUUCUGUUAGAUGGAGACAAGAUAGCAACAUUAGUUGCUGGAUACCUUAAAGAUCUGGUACAGGAAACUGGGCUCUCACUUAAUCUAGGCCUUGUCCAAACUGCCUAUGCAAAUGGGAGUUCAACAAGGUACAUCACCGAUCAGCUGAAAGUCCCAGUGGCUUGUGUACCAACAGGAGUGAAACAUUUGCACCACAAAGCACAAGAAUUUGACAUUGGGGUGUACUUUGAGGCCAAUGGCCAUGGAACUGCUAUAGUUAGUGAUUCUUCUUACAAUCUGCUGCAGAAAACUUCACAAAAUACAUCCAUAUCAGAUCCCCAAAGAGAGGCCUGUGAUUUGUUACUGAGUGUGAUUGACCUGAUUAACCAGACGGUUGGUGACGCCAUCUCUGACAUGCUGCUGGUGGAGAUGAUUCUGGCUGCCCAGGACUGGGACGUGGAGCAGUGGAACAAAGCAUACACCGACCUUCCAAACCGACAACUGAAGGUCAAAGUCAAAGAUCGCUCCGUGAUCCAGACAACAGAUGCCGAGAGGAAAGCAUCUUCACCUGUGGGUCUCCAAAGUGCCAUUGAUGAAAAGGUUGCUAAGUACACGCAUGGUCGUUCUUUUGUGCGGCCGUCUGGGACAGAGGACAUUGUUCGUGUGUAUGCAGAGGCAGAUACGCAGAGUGCUGCUGAUAAAUUGGCCAAUGAAGUGGCCGUCUUAGUGUACAAGAUGGCUGGGGGUAUAGGGGAAGAACCAAAACUUCAUUAGUUAUCAUGGUUAUACAUGCUUAAAUGAAAUCCUUGAUCAUGUAUUUUUGGCUUUUAGUAGAUAAUAUAGAGCAAUAUGGAUCAACACAUUGCAAUUUGGAAUCAUUUUCAUUGAGGAAUUUUAAGACAUGGUAUAUUACAUAUCAACUGAGGGGUUGUUUUUGGUCAAUGUCUUUGCUAGUUUGUGAUAAUCAUAGAAAGUGCUUACAUUUUACAAAUGUAUUUUUAUUAAUCAGAAAAGAAUGUAAUUUUGCUUUAACAAAUAAGUUAAUAAGAUGAAAGAUAAAUGAAUGUUGUAUUGGAAUAUUUGAUGUACCAUGUAUUGAUCAAAGUAUUUAUUCUUAGCAUUGAUAGUCACAUGAUUGUUCGAAGACAUUCACAUUAUGAUUACUUUUGAAUUAAUAAAUGAAUAUACCUAUAAAUCUAAAAGGUGUAUUAUUGUUU